GGGGGGGUCUCCACGCAUUCGCCAGUCCGCCCACGACACCUCGAGUGCCGCCCAUCUCAACCCAAAACCAACCUACCCCCCCCCGCCUUCAGCCACUCCAACCAGAGGCCGGCCUCCUCGCCCGCCCUCGCCGUACCCCACCCGGCGGAGAGGCUAUUUAUCGGCCGCAAAGUUAAACUUCGCGACUCAGCCAGGCUCAAACAAGUUGCACUAGUUUCUUAUUUUAUUUAACAAAAAAUUGUCCCGUGUUUUACACCGCCCCCCCCACCCCCUGCAGCACCAACACGCUGUCACUGUAUUCGGGAGUUAGCGAGGUGCUCGCGUGUGCGUAUUUAAACAACAGCUCCGCCAUGUCUACGGCGCUCGUAUCGCCUUCGUACAUGGACGUCGGGGACAUAUUCUACAAGGAGAACGACAACAAGGGCUUGAACUUAAACGCGCUGGACAGGAGGGCGGUGGGCGCGCCUACAGCCACGCUCCCACGCCGCCAUUCCUCUAACAACAUGCUCGCCCUCGCCAACUCAGCGCACGCUUCUCUCUGCGCCAACAACAUUGGCGGCGUCGGUGGAGGUGGCGGCGGCGGCAACAACAAUAAGUUCUCCAUGUCCGCGCUCAAGGACAGCACGGCGCUCAUGAACAGAGAGAAUCGCUUCAGAGACCGCUCGCUGAGCGAGGGCGGCGACCACUCUGCAAUGAUUUUGGCGCCCAGCGCCAAGCACCAGACGGCUCAGACAGGCGGCGGAGUCGGCAUGGUCAACUCGAGUCGCUACAAGACCGAAUUAUGCCGGCCCUUCGAGGAGAACGGCGUGUGCAAGUACGGCGACAAGUGUCAGUUCGCGCACGGCGGACACGAGCUGCGUAGCCUCGUGCGGCAUCCCAAGUACAAGACGGAGUUGUGCCGCACUUUCCACACCAUCGGCUUCUGCCCCUACGGGCCGCGCUGCCACUUCAUCCACAACGCCGACGAGCAGCGCUCGCCCACCUCUCAGCAGCCACCGCUUUCACCGCCGCUCGCCGGGAGCGGCCCGCACCAGCAGCGCCGAGGGCCGCGUCCCCGCCUCAACCACAGCGUGAGUUUCGCCGGCUUCCCCAGCGCCGCAAUGGCACGGCGCCUCGACUCCCCGCCGCCGAUGGGGCAACUCGACAACGCGCUGUCGCUCACGCCUCCGCCCCUGUCCACGGCCGGCUUUUUCGGAGACGACUACAUGAUGCUGUCGUCACCCAUGUGCACCAACACCCCGUUUUCAUUCAGCCAGGAGCUGUUCUUCAGUGCGGCCAUGUCCGGGGCGGGCACAGGGCUGCCCCUCCACACAGGUGGUGGUGGUGGCGGCGGCGGUGGUGGCGCAAAUAUUGGCCCCGGUUGUGGUGGUGGUGGUGGUGGCGGCGGCGGCGGCUUGGGGCCCCUGGGCACGCCCGGAGCGGCGCGUGGCCUGUCGGGGUCGCCUGUGUUUGAGGCGUCCCUCGACUCGCUGUCCGACCCGGGGGAUGGCUACUCCAGCUCUGGGGGGUCGAGCGGCUCGGAGUCGCCUCUGCUCGAUCCCAACCGCAGGCUGCCUAUCUUCAGCCGCCUGUCAAUCUCCGAUGAGUGAAGCGAGCGGUGUUGUCCGUGUGGGGGGGGGGGGGGGGGGCUAGUACCCCCCCCCUCCAUACUCCAGCCACAUCGCUGCUUUGUGUUCGUCUCUGCCCCUUCAUACCCCCCAAACCACUACCAGGGCUCCCUUUGUGAUAAGACCCGGCCAAAGCCGAGGCACAUUCUCCUGGUGACGGACGGAUACCAUUAGACGCAUUCGUUUUAAAAGGAUGGAUAUUGUUGAUCCCGAGUAAAAAAAAAUGGUUAGUCCAGGGCGAAGUGUAAGGAGUUUAUAAGUGAGAUUGCCUUAUAGCGCGCAUCGUGGCCUCGUGACAAACACGCAACUUUUUAUUAGUACGUAUUUGUCCACCCAUAAUUACUUGCAUUAAAGGUUAAACAGCAUUAAACUGCCUAUAACGUAUAUACUGUAUGUAUACAUUUUAGCGUAUGGGCGAGGCCACGAUCCUAUCACCGUAUGUGCCUAAACAGGAGGAGUCAAUGUAAUUGGUGUCGGGGAUAUAAGACUUAACAUUGCAUGCAGUUGCUAGGGUGUCGGCUUAGAUCACUGUUUCUUUAUAGCAAUAAUGACGAUUGAUAGACAAAAGUUAAUUUUUUGUACAAGUUGAGUAACACGUGAGCCUGUGUUGCCUCUGUGGCGAUGCCUGCAAGUCGUUUUUGCCACACACCCCCUCCCCACCACAAGGUUUGCCUCCAUCGGCCAAUUUAAUAUUUAACGGUCACGACCCCGAGGUGAGAAGGGUGGUAGGGGGGGUGAGUGCCAUAACAUUUCGCCUGAUGCAGUUAAUAUAUAUACUGUUUGCAGCGGCAACAGCCUCGCUCCGUGGGCAAAUCUUGCUUGCAAGUGUUUUUUUCCCCCCUUUGAGGCCGAUGUUUUUUCGAAGAUCGGGGUUGGGGGGGGGGGCGCUGAUGGCGCCCCCUGCAGAACAAAAAGUCCUCGCGUCGCAGCCGUGGUGGUGGUGGUGGGUUCACGAAUACGUUGAUUGUACACAAAAUUUUGUGAAUCUAACGUUGUUUCUAUCUCUCACACACACACACUUUUUCUUUGCUGACGGGAAAAAAAAAAUGCACUCGCUUUAUUGAGUCGUUCUUCCAACCGAUAUGCUGAGCAUUGAUUUAUUUGUUUUUAACGUUUAUAGUUAAUGAACCUUUUUCGCUUGUCAGCGUAAAUGAGAAGUUGUGGAGAUCCCUAUUUAACUUAUUUAUUAUACAAAACGUAUCUCUGUUGGUAUAAAUUUGUAUUUAUCAGGUAUGAUGACGCGACAGAUGUAUAUUCUUUUAUGUUAAAUUAUACUCGCCAGUCUAAAUCGAUUUUUUCCUGCAAUUUAGUUGCGGGGUGUUUAAUGCCCUGCGCACAAGUAAUAUAUGUUAAAAUAACGCUGAGUUUUGUGCUUUUUGUAACGUUCACCUGGUUAUUUUAUUGUGAAUGAAAAGUUAAUUUAAAAGUAAUAUUUAUUUUUCGCUCAUUUUGUUUACGAUAAUCGAACAAGAUUGCAUGGUUAGCUCUCUUUUUUUUGCCUUUGGUGAUAGUCGGUGGUGUGUGUGUGUGGAUACCCCUCUUGUAAUGGACAACCAUGCCAAAUGAACAAAUACUGUGCGCGUCCGACCUGUCGGGUCGGCCGUACCACCGCGCAGGGGUGGAUACCUCCAGUGCGCCCCCCCUCCCAUGCUUCCGUCACUUUUGGUACAUUCCAGAGCGUUGCCUUACAUAAUAUAAAAUACCAAUAGUUACGAAUACGUUUUAUACGGUAGUUGAAAUAAUUGUAUAAUUUUCAAGCCUAACAAAAACUAUGCAAGGCAUGUUUAGUUCUUGUAUAAUUUUUUUUUUUGGGGGGGGGGGAGGAGGGAGAGUUGUGAUUACGCUGUUCACUACAGUUUGAUGUAGCCACCAUGUUGUAUCUUGUAAUAAACGUAAAACAAAAACAUGUAUCCCUCCCCGC